UUCUUUCGUAUUUUGUUUUGUUUGUCCUGUCUCUCGCUUCCCCCGGACCUUUGGGCGAUAAACUUCAGAAUUCCAUUUUUGUCCUCGUCUCUUCUCCCCGUCUCUCCUAUCUGUCGCACGUUAUGGACGGUGCUUAAUUUUAAUGGCUGCUGCAAAACCCUAGCCGCUUUCUACUGUCAAAACGACAGGACCUGUCGUGGUUGUGAUUUGAAGGGCGUCUGAGUUUUGUUUGGAUGGAUCGGUUUUGGAGAUAACUGGAUUUUCGUAAGGAGCGUUCGAGUUUGAACGAAGAUUAGAGUUAGAAUUGGGCAUAUAUUGCUUGUCCUUGUUCAGAAUGGCAGAGGACGGCCUACGAAUUGGUCGGCUUUCUUCUGGUCUAGCUGUGUUAUUGAAUGGCGAAGGCAGUAAAGAGAACUCGUCGAAAACCCAUCUUGUUUCAAAUUGUGAUGAUUUUGGCCAUCAAUCGGUGGAGCGUACCUUAGAGUAUGUUCUUGGUCUCCCUAACAAAUCUGUUGGUCCGCUGGCCAGUCCAAUUGACAGCAAUCUAGUUCGUCGUUUGAUACAGAGUGAAUUCUCUAAAUUGCAUGCAAGUUCAAGUGUGUUUAGAAACAGAGAUGGAGUUUGUAUUUCUGGAGAUGGCUGUGCGCCCCACAUCAUUGGUCUUGAUGAAUCCAGUAUUCGUGGUGAUAUUAGAGUUAUGAAGCCACCUUUGCUUGUAGAGAGCUUGGCGAUGUUCAGCAGUGCCAGGGCUAAUGCUUUUGUGUGGAAAGGUAAAUGGAUGUAUGAAGUUAUUCUAGAAACUUCAGGUAUUCAGCAGCUUGGUUGGGCAACUGUUUCUUGCCCUUUCACUGACCAUAAGGGUGUAGGUGAUGCUGAUGAUUCAUAUGCAUUUGAUGGGAGGAGGGUUAGAAAAUGGAACAAGGAAGCUGAGCCUUAUGGUCAGUCAUGGGUUGUUGGUGAUGCCAUUGGCUGCUGCAUAGAUUUGGAUUGUAAUGAAAUAUCAUUCUACAGAAAUGGUGUUUCACUUGGGCCCGCAUUUCAUGGCAUUCGUAAGAUGGGACCAGGAUCUGGAUAUUAUCCUGCAGUUUCUCUGUCUCAGGGCGAAAGAUGUGAAUUAAAUUUUGGGGCCCGCCCCUUUAGAUUCCCCAUUGAAAGCUAUUUCCCCCUUCAAGCACCUCCAUCCUUGGUUCCGUUUGCUACUCAGUUGCUGUAUUGCUUGUCAAGGCUGUUGGGUAUGCACUCGGUGGAGCAGGCAAAUCACUCUUCUGUUCAGAAGUUGAGGAUACUGAAGAGGUUUGUUUCACAUGAAGAACUUUUUUAUCCUGUUUCUCAUGGUAUAUGUGAGGAAUUUUUCUCAGUACUUGGAGCAGAUGUGUGGAGCAGAGAGUACAUUGCCUGGGGUCCAUUUCUAUCAUUCAUGAUGGAAGUGUUCGGGUUGCAGAUUCCACAUGAUUAUUCAAGUUUAGAUAGAGUUCUUGAUGUCUUUCUAGAAUUUGAAGGAUCACAUUUGUUGUUUGAACAUUUCAUAAAUGCCUUGGCUUGUGCUUGCAAAACAACUCUGCUGGUUCUAAAAGACUGCCCAUGUUCAGGGUCGUACCCAUACCUUGCACUGGCAUGCCACAUCCUGCAACAACAAGAACUUAUGGUGCUUUGGUGGAAAUCACCUGAUUUUGAAUUCCUUUUUGAAGGUUUUCUGUCACGGAAGAAUCCAAACAAGCAUGACCUUGAAUCCAUGAUACCAUCUGUUUCUUGGCCUGGUUCAAGUGAGGAUGUGUCAUAUGAAAGUAGCAUGUUGUUGACAACUAGAGCUUUAUCUGAAGCUGUCAGUAAGAUUGAGGAGAAGCAUAGGGAUCUCUGUCGCUUGGUCAUACAGUUUAUACCACCUGUGACACCUCCCCAGUUUCCUGGUUCAGUGUUCAGAACUUUUUUACAGAACCUUAUAAUAAAGAAUAGAGGGUCCGACCGCAAUCUUCCACCUCCUGGAGUUUCAAGCAAUUCUGUUCUGGUUUCUUUGUACACAGUCAUACUUCAUUUCUUAUCCGAAGGGUUUGGCAUGGGCGAUAUUUGCGGCUGGUUGAAAGGCACUGAAAAUGGCCCUGAUGUUGGUUUUCUUCAUAGGGGUGGUCACCGAAGCUUUCCUGUAGGUCUAUUUCUUAGAAAUGAUCCUCAUCGAAAUGACAGUUCUAGGCUUGGAGGGUCGUUUAGUCAUCUUUCAAAAUCAUACCGGGCAUAUGAUGAGGAAACAGAACUAAUUCGGUGGGAGGAAGGCUGUAUGGACGAUGAAGAAACCAGAGUGACUCAUUCAACUACAAAAAAACCAUGUUGUUGCUCAUGCUACAAUGAUGAUUUUACAAGAAUCUCAAAGUAUCCAAUUCGAUACACAGCCAAAGGUUCUCGUGUCCAUUGCAGUUCCAUUCCAGAGAGAUCUGCCCAUGUUGCUACAGAAUGCAGUACUGGAAGUUUGAAUGAUGAAAUAGAAGAUAAAGCUAGUUCUAGUUAUCAAUCUGAAUCUGAAUUUAGUUAUCACCCAGUGCAGCAUAUGAGGUUUGUACCAAGGGAAAGUAAUAUGUCUUCAGCUACGCUCAGAGAAGAAGAACUUCUAGACGUUUUGCUGCUGUUGUAUCAUAUAGGUCUUGCACCAAAUUUUAAGCAGGCAUCAUAUUACAUGUCUCACCAGUCACAGUCAAUAUCCCUCAUGGAAGAAGCUGAUAAACAAUUAAGAGAAAAAACUAGCAGUGAGCAAUUAAAGCAUUUGAAAGAAGCUCGUAAUGGUUAUAGAGAAGAAGUUAUUGAUUGUGUCAGACAAUGUGCUUGGUACCGUAUUUCUCUAUUUUCUCGAUGGAAGCAAAGAGGAAUGUAUGCAACAUGCAUAUGGACCGUCCAGUUGCUUUUGGUUCUUAGCAAAGUCGAUCUGCUGUUCCUUUAUAUCCCUGAAUAUUAUCUGGAAGCUCUUGUCGAUUGCUUCCAUGUAUUGCGCAAAAGUGAUCCUCCAUUUGUACCUUCAUCGAUAUUUAUCAAGCAAGGCCUUGCUUCAUUUGUCACUUUUGUGGUCACGCACUUCAACGAUCCUCGAAUAUCGAGUGCAGAUCUUAGGGAUCUGCUUCUCCAAUCAAUCUCAGUCUUGGUACAGUACAAAGAGUAUUUGUCUGUUUUUGAGAGUAAUGAAGCAGCCACCCAGAGGAUGCCUAAGGCAUUGCUGUCAGCAUUUGAUAAUAGAUCCUGGAUUCCUGUGACGAACAUUCUUCUGCGUUUGUGCAAGGGAUCUGGCUUUGGUUCUUCAAAGCAUGGAGAAUCGUCAUCUUCAUCUGUUGUCUUCCAGAGAUUGUUAGGAGAAACAUGUAUCAAUGAUGAGGAAUUGUUCUCAGCUUUUCUCAAUCGCCUAUUUAACACUCUCAGCUGGACAAUGACUGAAUUCUCAAUUUCUGUCAGAGAAAUGCAAGAGAAGUACCAGGUAUUAGAGUUCCAGCAAAAGAAAUGCAGUGUCAUAUUUGAUCUUUCAUGCAAUCUUGCAAGGCUUUUGGAGUUCUGUACCCACGCGAUACCUCAAGCAUUUCUGUUUGGAGCUGAAACAAACCUUCGAAGGUUGACUGAGUUGAUUGUCUUUAUUCUGAACCACAUAACAUCAGCAGAAGAUGCCGAGUUUUUUGACUUGUUGCUGAGACGACAUGGCCAAUCUUUAGAAAAAGUAAACCGAGGGAUGAUAUUGGCACCUCUUGUAGGAAUUAUCUUAAACUUGUUAAAUGCCGGUGAGCAUAUGGAAUGCAGGGAGCACAAUGAUGUUGUGAGCAUUGCAAGUAUGGGUUGCCUUGACAGUUUUCAAUGCAGAUUCCAGUACCUAUUGGAUUACAACUGGGCUGGAACCUUUAGAGGCGAUGCUUAUCUUGUAAAACUUGCCCAGCUAGAGAAUUUUCUGAGCCUCCUCAGCCGGAGCCAAUCACAAGAAAAUACAAUAUGCGAGGGAGAAACGGAUGGGGAUGAUGGCAUGUGCUGCAUCUGUUAUGCCCGUGAAGCAGAUGCUCAGUUUUCACCUUGUUCCCACAGGUCAUGUUAUGGCUGCAUAACCAGGCAUCUUUUGAAUUGCCACAGGUGCUUUUUUUGCAAUGCAAGAGUCAUGGACGUUGUCCGGAUCAGCGAGAAGACGGGUUGAAAACAUUGCUUUGUUGUCUUUUCUUUUUAGUUUGUGUUCUCGUCUCUCCUUCUAGUGAUCCUUGAGGUAAUCAGCAACCGAUCAAUCGCUGCUGCCUAAGCGACAGCCACAGAUGGUUGUGACAAGGAAGAAAAAGUAGGAAGAGGGGAGGCGACGAAAGAAAUAUAGAAGAUAAGUUACUUCCAAUUUCUGCAGUUAGAUUUAUAAUUAUACAGCGUGUAUAUGAUCGAUUUCAGUUAUUAUAGUUAGGAUCUGGAGAAGAUCAUAGCGGGGGAUGGUUGGUUAAGAAUUUUGUAGAAGAGUUUAGAGGGCAUUAUUUUGUAAAUAUGAGAUGUAAAUGCAAAGGAAAAUCUUUCGACUUUCUGUCUCUCUAACAAUGCAGCCUUUUUAUUGUUGAUUUGAACGUUACUGCACUUGGAAAUU